UCCUCCUCCUCCUCCUCUCCGGCUGUGGUUUUCUGUGUCAGUUUCAGGAGUCCUGAGCCUGAGCUAAACAAAAGCAGGAGGCAGAAGGGGCUGCUGGAGUUUGCAGAGACACGGAGAGGAAGGGAGGCUCUCUCUGCUUUGCCUGCUGCCGCUGCUGGGGGAGAUCUGGCUUUUGCAACAGCCCACCCCCUUUGAGAUCACUCUGGCUGGGGGUGGGGUGGGGGGUGGCGGGGGGUGGGGGGAAAGUUUGCAUUGCAAUCCCCCUGCCUUCCUCUCUUUUCUCCAGAUCAAUGCAUAUUUGCAAAAGGAUUAAGCCACAGAUUUAAGCUCUGAGAGCCCAUUUCUGCUUUGCAAAGGAGCCGGGACUAAAAACAACCCAAAAUCCAGCUCUGAUUUCUUUUCACCAAGUGGGAAGGUGGUUUAUUUUUCUUGCUUUUUGGAGUCAACACCCUUCCUCAUCAGCCCUCAUCCCCACCCUCACCCUGCAACCCUUUCACGCCCCCCCUUCCUCUCCCCACUCCCCAUCCUCCCACCAUCCUCUAAAAGAGGCAAAGGGAUUUUUUUUUGGUUCCCCCCCCCCCCUUUAUUCUGAAAAGGAUUUGGAGACAGCUUGAACGAUAAAAAGCCUUGGUAGUUCCAAGGAGCCGAGCAGAGGAGAAGAGGAGGAAACAGGGGCUGCUGUUGCCUUUGGAGAUGGAUGAUCAGCCCAGGUUGAUGCAUUCCCAUGCUGGGGUGGGGAUGGCAGGACACCCCGGCCUGUCCCAACACUUACAGGAUGGGGCUGGAGGGACCGAGGGGGAGGGAGGGAGAAAGCAGGACAUUGGAGACAUUUUACAGCAAAUUAUGACCAUCACAGACCAGAGUUUGGACGAGGCGCAGGCCAGGAAACAUGCUUUAAACUGCCACAGAAUGAAGCCCGCCUUGUUUAAUGUGUUGUGCGAAAUCAAAGAAAAAACAGUGUUGAGUAUUCGAGGAGCCCAGGAAGAGGAGCCAACAGACCCCCAGCUGAUGCGAUUGGACAACAUGCUGCUGGCAGAGGGGGUAGCAGGGCCUGAGAAAGGUGGGGGAUCUGCAGCGGCGGCGGCAGCGGCAGCAGCAUCGGGGGGAGCUGGCUCAGACAACUCAGUUGAGCAUUCCGACUACAGAGCCAAACUCUCACAAAUCCGACAGAUCUACCACACGGAACUGGAGAAAUAUGAACAGGCAUGCAACGAGUUCACUACUCAUGUGAUGAACCUGCUUCGUGAGCAGAGCCGGACCAGGCCCAUCUCACCAAAGGAGAUUGAAAGAAUGGUGAGCAUCAUCCAUCGCAAAUUCAGCUCCAUCCAGAUGCAGCUCAAGCAGAGCACAUGUGAAGCGGUUAUGAUCCUACGUUCACGGUUUUUGGAUGCAAGGCGGAAGAGACGAAACUUCAACAAGCAAGCCACAGAAAUCCUGAAUGAAUAUUUCUAUUCCCAUCUCAGCAACCCUUACCCCAGUGAGGAAGCCAAAGAGGAGCUAGCCAAGAAAUGUGGCAUCACAGUCUCACAGGUGUCAAACUGGUUUGGAAAUAAGCGAAUCCGGUACAAGAAGAACAUAGGUAAAUUUCAAGAGGAAGCCAAUAUUUAUGCUGCCAAAACGGCUGUCACAGCUACCAAUGUGUCAGCCCAUGGAAGCCAAGCUAACUCACCCUCAACUCCCAAUUCAGCUGGUUCUUCCAGUUCUUUUAACAUGUCAAACUCUGGAGAUUUGUUCAUGAGCGUGCAGUCACUCAAUGGGGAUUCUUACCAAGGGGCCCAGGUUGGAGCCAACGUGCAGUCACAGGUGGAUACCCUUCGCCAUGUUAUCAGCCAGACAGGAGGAUACAGUGACGGACUUGCAGCCAGUCAGAUGUACAGUCCGCAGGGCAUCAGUGCUAAUGGAGGUUGGCAGGAUGCUACUACCCCUUCAUCAGUGACCUCCCCUACAGAAGGCCCUGGCAGUGUUCACUCUGAUACCUCCAACUGAUCUCCCAGCAAUUGCAUCCCUGACUGACCUCCUGCCCCAAAUGGGGGGGCGGGGGCAGGAGGGAGGGUUUCUCUCCCCAACGCUGAAGCAGUCAGACUGGAGGUCGAAGCAAUCAGCAAACACAAUAAGAGUCUCCUUCUCUUCUCUUCUUCGGGAUGCUAUUUCAGCCAAUCUGGACACUUCUUUCUACUCUCUUCCCUUUCUUUUCUGGGUAGAAGCCACCCCUUCCCCCUGCCUCCAGCUGUCAGCCCUGUUUCCUCCAUCCUCCCUGCACCUUUCCCUCGCCCCGCGGCCUCUGCUACAUCACUGAAGGAUAUUUUCAACAGUUAGAGGAAUUUAAAGAGGAGGAAAAAAAAGACAAAUUACAAAAAAAAAAAAAAAGAAAAAACAUUAAUAAACGUGUUUGUACAUUUUCAUGCUGGUGGUUUGAGGAGCCAAAUUUACCUCACUCCUAGACUAACAGGCAAUCCUUCUUCUCUUUCAGUGUCUCUUGUACUCACACUACCUCUUAGCAGGAAGACGCCACAUUGCCCUCUCCAUUCCACAUGCCCCUCCACCCAUUGCCCUCGGUCUUCCAUUUCUGGGAGCAGUUCUGAAUCAGAGCAGCUUCCCCUUUGUUCUCCCCUAUCCCAGUGACUCUUGGGCAAACCACCACAGAUGGGUUUUUAUCGCUCCCUCAUUUCCAGUUACCACUGACAGGUAGAUUCCCAGUGCUGCCUGCCCAAAUACCAGGGAAUUGGGCAGCAGGGUUGGGGGGGACGGACAGAAAGUGGAAAGAGACAGAAUUUCCAUGUGCCUUCUCUCCCCUCUGCAACAGCUCUUGAUUUCUGAGGCACAGUUCAUGGAGAACAUUCAACAAUCCAUAAGCAUUCAUUAGUUGCUCACUGCAUGUCUAGCCCUAGGUUAGGCAAGGAAAAGGGAGAAGAAACGGGAAGGUCCUUGCCAGAAAGUCUCCAACCAGCCCCUCCUCCAUUCACCUGCUAGCCAAACCUGCUUACCCAUCAUAGACACUUAACAUAAGCAACUAACACUAUGCAUGUGGUGAGAUGAAGAGAAACAAAUCAGCUCUGAGUGAGGGUCACUUUUAGAAGAAAUAGAAGGCAGGGGCCACCCAACAUAAUGGACAGGACAGGCAGGAACGAACAGAAGUAGAGGUAGUUUUUCUAGUGGAAAUUAUUUCCAUUCCCAUCACCACUAGAUCUCUCAGAAAGCCAUAGACGACACCCACAAUGUCUGUAGUGGACUUGUCUUUUAUUUUGGGCGUACUGUACCCAUGGCCAGGUUUCCAAGAACUCUCUCUUUUUGACUCUGAACCCCUUGCUAUAGAAGAGAACAGAAAACAUUGCUCAGUACUGGUCUAGUUGGAACUAUAAACCUGAGAGCAUUGAGGAAGGAGCAAUAAGAAUUUCUUAUUGAAUUCAUCACUUGGG